AUGGCUUCCAACCUCCAAGUCCCUCCGGCCGAAAACCACAUCAUCGGGAACGACAGGUUUCCCCUGAAUUCCUCCAAUGAUGAAGCUGCUCUCUCCCCCAUGUCAAAGAAAAUUCUCGAGAAAUUUGCUAUUCCCCUUGCCCCUUUAACCCUGAAUAAGGACUUUCGCAUUGCUCCCACGCUGAUCUCCCGCCCCCCUGAUUCCGGCUUUGAUACUAGCGGGCUUAAUUUUCAUUUUGCGAAACCCAAGCUUCCAACUUCUAACUUCACUUCACAUUCGAAAGCUCAACACAGUGCUUCAAUUCCAAGUCCCUCAACUACCCCCAGAGUCAGCCUUAAUUGCCCUACAGAAAUCAGCCAUACUCGUGCUCAGGUUAUGGACUCUGACUUAAGCUAUGCCCCGGCUUGUCUGAAAGAGCAUACUGGUAGCAGCAGCAGCAGUAGCACAAGCUACUCAUCAAAAUCACACGACGUUCAAGGCACUGCUGAUCUAUCUCUUGGGCCAAAUUCUGGGAUUCUCUGCGUUUCAGAAAAAAGUUCUUGCCUCUCGGAACGUGGGAUUCGAGAUGAGGAUUCUCAGCUCGACAUGGGAGCCGUUGAGGAAGACUGCGAUUUGCCAGCUUCGCGAAAUGGGAACAAAGAAUUGAAGACUCAAGACGAGCCCACGAAGAAAGGUCCAUCGCAUCUCGGUAUCAGCUCACCAAGCACCAGCAAGAGUCGCAGCAGAGAGCCAAAUUCACGUUCUCCACAUCCGCUACCAAAGGAUACUAGGCCACGAUCGAAACUAAUGUCAAGUUCAAAGGUCGCAAAACAGUCGUUGUCUCCAGCGGCUGGCCGCAUUAACGCUCCCACAAAACUGGUUGCGCCCCAGAAAGAGCCCUCAUAUACAUCUCAGACAUCGGAAGAGGAUCUCUUUUACAUGUUGAUCCGUAAGUUGAAAAAAAGAGAUGAGGCGGAAGCAGCAACCACUGCAAUAAAGGAGCGCAUGGAAAUAGUUAUAGAUGAAUUAACCCAAGAAAAUGAUAACUUGCGCUGCAAAUUGAGGGAUGUGGGACUCAUUUGCAAAAAUCAGAAAGAACAAAUCAACGCUCGCAACUCCCUUGUUGAACGCUGGAAAGAAAAAUUCAGUAAGUUGCGGGGAUUCGUAACGAGCGUGGGAAACGAUUUUGAAAUUCUCCGAAAAGAAGGACAACUUCUCAAAUCUUCACAAGACUCAUUGGUUCAAGAGAAAGAACAUAUUAACGAGACCCUGAAGCUAAUGCACGAUAACACCGACCAGUUGAAAAUACGUUGGGACCAGCAUCGGGCAACAAUUUCUGGAGUGCAGCAUGAAUGUAGGUCGUUGGAGAAGUCUCUGUCCACAGAGACUGCAAGGUGUGCUGACGCUGAGAAGCUCAUUUCUCUGGAGAGAAGUCGCGCGGCCAUGCUUGAGAACUACAUAAAGAAUUAUGCUAAUAGGAACCAAAAGCUAUCGGCGGAGAUCCAGCAACAGCAGUCCCAAACGAUAACAAAAAUUGAUGAAAUUUACAGGCAUCUUGAGGGUAGCUGGAAUGUCUCUCAGUCUUCAAUGAAAAAUGAAAUAGAAUCAGGAUUUAGCUCGUGUCUUUCCUUAUUGAAAUCACUUACUCAACAGGAGUCUGUGAAACGCCAAGACCUAGAGAGCGUUGACAAUGCAAUUCGAGAUCUCUGCACUCAGCUCAGUUCGUCCGUUGACGUGUCUCACAAACGCUUGGAGACAGCAUCUGACUUACACACUAACUGGGUGCAACGGAUAUUGACUCAACUAACAGAGCUAGAGACGGCCAUAAGUUCCAGUGCAGCAACUUUUGGUCAACUUGUAGAAGCUCGAGAAUUGAACGGAAGCCUUCAAGAGAAGCUCAAAGCGGUUGAAAAGGAUCUAGCUAGAGUAUCUGUUGAUUGUGAGAGACUCAUUUCGCAGGAAGAAACCUUACAGCGACAUAUUAGAGAUCUAGAAAAUGAGAUUGCGUCACUACGAAAGGAUGGAGGUGGGAAGAAUACCCAGCUCAAAGAUGUCGACAUGUCUUCGGAGCUUCAGAUCCAACUUGAGGCCACCUCAGCAGCGCUUAUGGAGGUAACAGAUGGGAUAAAAACAAAGGAGACCGAAAAGCAGGAGAUGGAACUCAAGUUAGCUGAGACUGUUCGAAAGUUGGAGGGCGCAGUGGGUGAAAUUGCAGAUCUCAAGAACGAAAAGUUCAAGAUUCAGGAGGAGGCCCAAAGGACAGAGCAGCGGGUGCGGAAAGAACUAACACGGGCAAAUUUAGCGGCGAAAGAUCAACAUAAAGCAUUUUUCGAGCAAGAGAGGCAUAAACUCAGACGUGAAAAGGUUUUAGCGGACAAAAAGGCUCUGAAAACAGCAGAGGAACUAGCCAAAACUAAACGCACACUGCAUGACGCGGAGAAGUGCAAAGAGAAAAUUAUUGAGAAGAUGAAUUUACAACAGGUGGAAAUUGAUAAUUUGAAAUUGGCAUCCUCCAAAGUGGAUUCGGAUAUUGCCAGAGAGGCAGAGAAGUCAAAGGAAAGUUUUUCAUCUGCAACAAAAGAGCUACAAAGUGCAUAUGAUCAACUUGAUGGUGUAUCGAAAGAGAACGAAGAGCUGAAGCACGAGAUAUCCGAAUUACGUAUAAAGCUAGCAACGCAACAAGAACAAGAAAACAUGCAGGAAGCGUUGGAGGUCCUUCAGUAUGAGAUUUCAGAGAAAGAUUUAAGCUUGCUGUCCCUAAAGGAAGAAUUAUCAAAAUCGGAGGAGAACUCUAAGAAGGUCUCAAGUUUGCAACAAGAAGUGCUUGAUAAAUAUGCUGAUAUCGUAAUUUUACGAGAGAGGUUGAAUAGUGUAACUUCAGCGAACGCUGUAAUCACAAACUCGCUGGAAAAGAAAAACGAAAAGCUGGCUGCUCUUGAGCAAAGAAUGGAAACAUCCGGGAAAGCCGAUGCCGAAAUUUCGAUUCUAAGGAGGGAGGUUGAACAAAUGGAUAGCGAAGUUUCACAACUUCGAUCUCAGAUUCAAGAAGCCGACAGUCUGUUUGCAAAGGCAGAAAAUAUUCUGAGGCAGCUUGGGGUUAUCGGGGUCGAAGAAUCAUUACGAGAUUGCUCCGACGUGCUACAGACGCAAUUAAGACUGAUAACUGGAGGGACAGAAGGUGGACAACAGCUAGGACCAACAGCAUCGCAGCUUAUCAUACCUAUGAGGACCUCAUCGAAGCGACAAAGCACAACCAGAAAACCUACCAUGUCGUCCACUUAUGCUGAAUGUACGGGGCCUGGUUCGGCCACCAGAGAAAGCAAAACAAUUGAGUUAGUUUACCGAACACGGAGCGUUCGGGAAAAUAUUUCCUCUCCUUUCAGGACGCCUUCUAGACAAGAAGGUGGUAGUAAAAGACAGCCAACGACUUCUCGCUCCGAUAUCAAGCCUUUCUCUCGACUUCAGAAUGAUUUGACGCUAGAUGUGUCCCCCCGAGAGCAAACAUCACCUAUGUCUGAAUUUACGGAUUUGAACGCGCUCUUUCCGUCAACACCUAUAAAUGUCAAGGAUAUCAGCACCCGCGAAUCACAUACGGCACUUUCGCAAGAAAUCCUGACUGCCGAUAACUCCCUCUCUUCGUGCCGUGGACGGACUAAUCCACAUGGGAUAAGUGUUCCGUCAAUUUCAAAUGCAGUUAAUGAUGUUAUUCUUGCUUCCCGCUUGGGAAAAGAAGCUAAAGAUGCCCGUGAGGGCAUGACUCGCACCCAACCUAAAACAGCCAUCGGGGCGCAAAAAAGGAAAGAGAUGGCCGAUGGCGAAUCUCAAGUUAUGGACAACGCAGCUGAUUGUCAAAACCCCCCUGAGAAGCUGCCACGCAAAGGGAUUCUCAAAGAAACAGUGAAACUUAGCUCGUCUACGAAGUUAAAUGAUAUUAAGACUCCGCCUCACGAAGGAGAGCUGGGCGGAAAACCGAUCCGCCCUAGUUCCACAAUAACAUUUAGGCGACCGUCUCGCAAAUCAAAAUACUUCAAUCCAACAAUGAGUCCGACAGCUUCUAUCACUGCUAAGGUGGGCAAAUGUGGUAGUACAGCCAAUAAGUCGAACACACCAGCCGGGAGGGCGAGGGAAAGGCCUCGAAGAAGACCACGAGCAGGUGAGCUUUACAACAACAGGUUCUCCCAGAAAACCCCUGCAUAA